AUGAACCCUGGAGAGAAUGGAACUUUAAACAGGGGCUUACAGACAGAGGUGAGUGUGGCUACAUACCUGCCCGAGUUACUGCUCGAUGCCAUCUGGCUAUGCACUCGAUUGCUAAUAAUCUGCAUCUUUUAUUCAGAGUAUCCAUAUCUUUUUGAGUCUAUCCAACGUUUCAACGGCAAUCUUAAGAGACUUGUGGUUUUCGAGAAUUUUAAUCAACAGUAUUCAAGGUAUAUGCAGCGAAUUCAGUUCGGGGUUGGAGUAUCUGGAUGCGACAUUAUUCGUGAACCAGCCCCUGCUGUCAGCCGGAUAGUCGCACUCACCAGCCGCAAGCUUGAGCAUCUCGCAGCAUCAUUUAUCGUAGAUGCUAGCCACUUCUUCAACAUCGAACCCUCUUGGGAGUGGCCAAACCUGACUUCACUUGUGCUGACUUCAAAGUUACUUGCACCAGACGAAAGUCCAAUCGAAAUUGGAGCUAUGCUUCGAGCCGCGGCGGCAGUGGCUACAAAAAUGCCACAGCUGAAGACAAUGGAGAUUUGGAACGGACGAAAGGGCAUCGCGGCGCUCUUCAAGUACCAGGUGUCCCACCAUAUACAGCAGGCUAGAAUUGUUUGGAGAGGCACCUGGAAAUUGGUCAUGGAACCGUCUGUAAUCCGGGCUUGGGAAGCUGUCGUACAACAGCACCAUAGCUGGAGACUUGAUUUUACUGAGGAGCUACUAGAUGGAGCUGCUAUCAAAUCCCAUGGUGACGCAAUUCGCUACCUUAUGCUUUCAGGUCAGGUCAUUCGGCCUAUCUCGUUGCAGCAGAUCCGGAUAGAGCAAAGAGCCUUGGGUAAUGUAAUGACAAUGGGAUAG